CUCUACCAAAGAAGAAAGAAACUGCUCAAAAAGAUUAUAUAUCAUAUCAUAUAUAUAUAUAUAAUAUAUAUAGAUAUAUAGAUAUAGAGAGAGAUAAGGCAUCUGGGUUUUCAUUUUUUUUGCUUGGAACCAGUAGAGAGAGAAAGAGAGACAAUGGGGUAAAAGUUUCAGUUGGGAAGGUCUUCCAUCAAACCCGCAUUUUCAUUUUCUUUGUUGGUGUGUUCUUAUCUUGCUGUUGUUGUCUUAUUCAGAAGAAGAAGAAAAAGGUAGGAUUUUUGUUGCUUGGAUCGUUCAUAAUAUAUAAGCUAUGGCGAUGACGCCGCCAUUGACUUCCACCGAUUCUCGGCGUUCCUACUCUUGGUGGUGGGACAGUCAUAUCAGCCCUAAAAACUCUAAAUGGCUUCAAGAAAAUCUCACCGAUAUGGAUUCGAAGAUCAAAGCAAUGAUCAAGUUAAUAGAAGAAGACGCAGAUUCCUUCGCUAGAAGAGCAGAAAUGUACUACAAGAAACGCCCCGAGUUAAUGAAACUAGUUGAGGAAUUCUACAGAGCAUAUCGCGCCUUAGCUGAGCGAUAUGAUCACGCCUCGGGUGAGCUUCGUCAAGCUCACAAAACAAUCGCGCAAGCACUUGAUCAGGAUCAAGUCUCCAUUGUCUUUUCCGAGGAUUAUUCCCCUUGUAGACCCUCUCCUGAUCCAAGCACAAACACAAACAUGAACACGCCCAAAACUCCACGAACUUACCACACCUCGUUCGAUUUCCACUCGGGGAUGAAAGCGUUGAAUGAUUUCAUGGAAGGAAUGCAGAUAGAAGAAGAGAAUCCAGAAAUUGCAACUGAUGUUGAGAAUAUAAAGAAGGCCCUUUCCCAGAAAGAAUCUGUUUUGGUUAAGUAUCAGAAUGCUAUGAAAGAGUUAUCUGAUUUGGAGGAAGAACUCAGUCUUGCUAAGAAGAAUUCAGUUUGCCUUGAAGAAUCGGCUGAGAAAGCUGAAACAGAAGCCCGGGAACUCAAGGAAGAACUGGCGAAGUUAGGAGCCGAAAGAGAUUCUGGAAUUGUUAAGAUUAUCAAUCUAGAGUCUUUACUAAGCCAAGCCAAAGAAAGGGAGUUUAUCGAAAAAGAACUCGAGAAAGAAAGAGAUGAAAGUAUUCUCAACCAUAAACAAUGUCUCUUGAAGAUAGCCGAUUUGGAAUUAAGGCUUUCAAUCUCUGUAGAACAAUCAGCUAGUCUGAAGGAGAGUGCCAACAGAUCUGAGAAUCAAGUCAUGAACUUGGAAAAAUCUCUUGCAGAAUUGAAACAAGAGAAAGAUAAUGCUUCCCUUCAAUAUACAAACUGCUUGGACAAGAUCGCGAUGCUGGAAGAAGAUAAACGGAAGCUCGAUGGCGCUGUUGAGCGAAAUGUUCAUCUGGAAAUGCUGAACGAGUCUCUUCAGCUCGAGGCUGAUGAUCUGAUGAAGAAGAUCUCGAAGAAGGAUCAAGAGCUCUGCGAGAAACAGGAGGGUUUGGAGAAACUUCAGGAUUGUUUAAGGGAUGAACGUCAUCGUUUCGUGCAAGUGGAAACCGCUCUGGAGAGUUUGAAAAACCUGCAUUCUCGAUCACAGGAUGAACAGAAGGCUUUGACUAUGGAUCUAAAGAAAGGUCUGAAAAUGAUGAAGGAUGAACAAGUAGAGAUUCUUCGAUUGAGAGAGAUGAAGGAGAAGCUCGAAGGUGAACUUGCAUUACAAAUCAACCAAACCGGGGCUCUACAGGACGAGAUUACAAAUUUGAAAGACGAAAUCCUUCGAAUGAAUCGUAAAUACAGCGAUGUAUCGGAGCAGUUGAAGUCAGCCGGAGUAGCUGUCAAGCUUCUACAGGAAGAGAACUCUAGGUUACAGAGGAUUCAAGUGGAGGACAUGGUUCAGAAAUGCGAUUUGCUAAAGAAAGUGGAAGAGACGGAGAAGGUUCUGGAUGAGAAAACCUCGCUAGCAGCAGAGAAAGCAUCCCUUAUAUCUCAAAUGCAGAUAAUUACAGAGAAUAUGCAGAAGCUUUUCAAGGAGAACAUUCUUCUCGAGAAUUCGCUCUCGGUUGCUAAUCUCGAGCUUUUCAAGCUACGUGCGAAAUCGAACGGUUUGCAAGAGCUGAACGAGUUUCUAAGCAAUGAGAAAUCGAAUCUCUUAACCGAAAGAGGCGAGCUCGUGGAGCAGUUGGCGACUGUCGAGAGGAAACUGGAGAAUUUUGAGACGAGAUUUACUGAUUUGGAGAAUUUGAAGGAAGAACGUUCGACAGGGACACGUUUGGCGAGCCUGGAGAGCAAUAUCGAGAAUCUUCGCGACGAGAGUCGACGGGCGAAGAAAGAUUUCGAGGAAGAACUCGGCCGUGCUGUGAAUGCUCAGCUUGAGAUCUUUGUUUUGCAGAAAUUUGUAAAGGAUAUGGAGCAGAAGAACUACUCGUUAAUCCUCGAGUGCCAGAAGCAUACAGAGGCUUCGAGAUUGGCUGAGACACUGAUCAAUGAAUUGGAAAGCGAGAAUCUGGAGCAGCAGGUUGAAGGAGAGAUUCUGCUUGACGAAAUUGGGAAACUUAGGCUUGGUAUAUUCAAGGUUUUCCGGGCAUUGGAUGUCGAACAUGAACUAGAGAAAGAAGAAGAUGAUAAUAAUAACAAGGUUGGAAACAUGCAGUUCUCGUUUCUUCAUGUUUUAGGGAGGAUAAAGGACUUGAAAAGCUCUCUGGCGAAUCACGAGGAACAAACGCAUCAUCUAUCUGUGGAGAAUUCAGUUCUUACGACUUUACUCAAGCAAGUGAAACUGGAUGGAAGGGAAAAGGUUGAGCAGGAGAAGGAGACCCUAAAUCGGGAGAUUAUGGCGAUGAAGAACGAAUUGAAGAAGAAAGAGACGGAAAUCUUGUUUCUAAAAGAAGAGUUAUCAACUAGGAAUAAAGUAGAAGAAGAACAAGAAGAAGAGGAGAAUUGGAGUUCUGAGCUGAAGGAGAUGAGCAAUGAGUUUGAGAUGUGGGAAGCAGAGGCUGCAACUUUCUAUUUCGAUCUCCAGCUUUCGAAUGUACGUGAAGUUCUUUAUGAGAGUAAGGUCCACGAACUCUCUGAAACCUGUCAGGCUCUCGAGAGUGAAAGCGCUUCCAAAGCAGUUGAGAUUCAUCGCAUGAAGGAGAGAGUCGGUUUAAUGGAAAACGAGAUUGGAGGCCUCAAAGCUCAAUUAUCAGCUUUUGUUGACAAGGAUUUGCAGGAUGAUGCUAAUUUCGAAGAAGAAGACGAAUUAGAUGUGUCUCAGUUGCAGAGAUUACAGUUCAGGGUAGAGGCAGUUGAGAAGGCGGUUAUAUUGCAAAAGGAUGAAGAAAGGACAAAACCGGAAAUACUAGAAGAAGAAUCAUCAACAAGAAAUGGCAAUUUGACAAAAGACAUUCCUCUUGAUCAGGUAUCAAACGCCUCAAAUUCAUUACGCAGAAGAACAAAUACGAAAGGGAAUUCAAGAACAGACGAUCAGAUGCUCGAAUUAUGGGAAGCUACAGCAGAAGACCGCACCUUCAAACACAUUCCUCAACACAUUCCUCAGAAGAACGCUAUAAACCCUAAACCACAGUUCGACAGCAGUAAGAUUUCAGAGACAUUAACUAAGGAUUCUGAGAAACUGACUAAACUCAAGACCACAAUGAUGGAGUUGAAAAAUAAGUUGGCAGAGGAGGAGAAAUGCAGGAAGAAGAAUAAGAAGAAGGAUUCAUUCGAUUUCGAAACAGUGAAGGAACAGUUGCAGGAAGUUGAUGAAGCAAUAGUUCAGUUUACACAUUUGAAUGGUCAGAUGAAGAGAAAUCUGGAAGAGAAUGCACACGAGAACGAGGGAGAGAAAGGGUUAAGGGUGUAUCAGCUUGUAAGGAAGGGUUCAGAGAGUGUUGCGCGGUUGGAGCUAGAAGUUCAGAAAAUCCAGUAUAUUUUUCUGAAGAACGAAGAAGAUGAGAAGAAGAUAAGCAAAGGAGGAAGCAUAAGGUUUUCAAGGAACAAAACAAACUUAAUUUUGAAGAGUCUUCUCAUACACACCAGCGGCAGCCCUAAGCAGAAGAAGAAACGCGGUUUAUGCGGUUGCUUUAAUCCUUCAACUCCAACUACUGCAGGCAGGAUCAGCAUGUGAUUUGUGAAGACUACACUCGGAUUGUAAAAAUUAGGUCUAACCUAACCUUCUUAAGCUGAUUGAGUUGCGUCUUCAAUUGUUUCUAUUACUCUUUUAGUAUUUAAUUGCAUGUUAUCCAUACUUUUAUUAGAUGAUCAAGAAUAAAUACCUUUAUCUC